AUGAUUGAGAUUGGUUUGGGAUGUGGGAUGCCUUACGGACCCGGCGCUUCUUACCCCAUAUGGACCACGUACUUCCCGAAUAUCCAACUCAACAUUGUCGAAUACGAUGAGACCUGUGGCUCUGCCUGGGCAGCCCAGAACCCAGAAGCCGUCAUCUUCUUCGGUGACCAGUCUUCUGUGCCGUUUCUCCACCACGUUGGCGCCGAGGUCACAGCUGAUAGGCUGGUGGACAUCAUUGUCGACGACGGCGGCCAUACUAUGGACCAGCAAACGACGUCUCUUCGGGAGCUAUGGUCAUAUCUGAGACCUGGCGGUGUCUACUUCGCCGAGGAUUUGCAAACAAGCUUCAUGGAUAACUACGGUGGUGACAGUAGCAGGGCCAACCUCACCAAGAAAACCUUCAUCCGCUGGAUACAUGAGCUUGUUGACGAUAUAAUGGCUGCGCCGGCAGGAGUUGCAUCACAUAACGCUUGGGCAUCAGAAAUUGCAAACAUCGACUGUAUGGCAGAGAUGUGCGCGUUGACUAAAAAGGAGAAGGGCGCGCGGUAA